AUGAAGGUAUAUCUAAUUCGACAUGCGGAGUGCGAUCACAACGUGGGCCAGACAGCCGGCGAUGCCGACCACUCCGGCCUAACCGAGCUCGGCCGGACACAGGCACAGCUACUGGCGCGGCAUUUCCGCGACAAUGAUGUCCGCUUCACAGCCGUGUUCUCCUCGGACCUGGAUCGCGCGACCGAUACCGCGAGAAUCGUCUGCGCGCAGCAGCUCGGAACCGGUCCGGCGAUGGAGCCCGUUCAGACGGGGUUGCUGCGGGAACAGUUGCUCGGGACUAAGGUCAAGACUAACUCGUCUACGAAUCGCGGCGCUGCUGCAUGGGAUUCAUCAGAUGGAGGAUCUUCCCAAUCCUCAGAAGAAUCAAUGUCCUCCAUGUGCGCACGCGCGAAUGCUUUUCUGCGCGACCACAUCCUGCCCCGGAUGGCUGACCGGACGAGCGCAACUGACGCGGUAGUCGCUGUUGUCGCGCACGGGGUCAUCCUACAAGUCGUAUGGGCGUGUCUAGCCGACCUCUUCGAUGACCGUUCCUUUAACAUGGCGCCGGAGAUGGGCGGGGAUGGAAAUUACAUGCACCCCGUGUGGUCAAACACCGGCGUCAUGGAGCUGGAUAUCAGACCCGAUGGUCCGCCUGAGGAGAUGGUGUGCCGGAAUCCAGCCCAGCCAAUUGCUAAUCCGCCCUGGCGUUUGACGCAGGCCGUGCAGCCUAUUUCACCUGGUGGCAAGAAUCCCCCGCUGAAGGGGUGGUCCAUUACCAUUCUCUCGGUGGAUAGUAUGGAUCAUCUGCAGGCUGUGGGCGAGCAGGAGCUUAAUCCGGCAAAGUCUGGGAAGUUGGAGAUGGAUGCCAGGCAUGAGGCUAGGCAGGGCAGUAUGGAUGAGUUUUAUCGGUUGACGGGGACGGCCUGA